UGUGACGUCACCAACCUGCGACUCGUCACCGCACGUGAACCUGCUGAAGUUUUUCCACUCUUGCUCGAGAAUGGCCAGGCGGUGGUCAGAGGGCCAUUCCUCGUCUGUCCUGUGUGUCGGUGCAUCUUCAGGUCCAGAGGGUCUCCUGGCUUCAGGUGCUGAGGGUGGAGAGCUGACCGUCUGGGGUCAAGACGGCGCCAUCGUGGGUCGUCUCACUCUCCCCGGUGAAGAGGACGUCACCAGUGUGGCGUUCUCGCCUGCAGCUCCGGCCCAGCUGUUCGUGUCACAUGGGGACGUGGCGAGCUUGCUUGACCCCAGGAACCUGAAGGGCCCGGUGGAGGAUUUUCAGGGUGCAGGGGAGGAGGAGAUAAACGCGUUGGCGCUGAACGAGACCGGCUCAGCCCUGGCUGUGGCUGAUGACUCCGGGGCGGUGCGGAUCUUGGAGCUUCCUGGUGGGAAAGUGUGCAGGACUUUACGCAGACACACAAACAUCUGCUCCUCUGUGGCGUUCCGGCCCCACAGACCCAACAACCUGGUGUCUGUCGGACUGGACAUGCAGGUGAUGCUGUGGGGUCUGCAGAAAACCCGACCUCUGUGGACCGUCAACCUCCAGGAUGUGGCAGAAGAAGGAGAAACCCAUCAGCAACGCCCAGGCCAGCUCUUCAACCCGCCGCUGGCCCACUGCGUCUCUGUGUCCGGCUGUGGAAACGUCUUGGGCUGCGCAGCAGAGGACGGGCGGGUGCAUCUGAUGCGGAUCGGCGGCAGCUCUAAACUGGAGCAACACGGCGCCGUCGAGGCGCACAGCCAGGGAGCCUCUCAAGCCCACUUCAUCAGUUUCCUUCCCCACCCAUACUGGCUGGUCACAGGAGGAAACGACAGCCAGGUCGCUCUGUGGGACCUCAGCAAACACCCUGUGGUGGCUCCGGAGGGGAAACCCCAGGCCCCUCAGCGUCGCAAAGGAAAGAGGAAAGCGCGGACUCAGGAUAAAUCAAAGGAGAAAGAAGAGUCUGUGGACGAAGCGGCUGUAGAGGAGGAGAAACCUGGACCCAAACUGAGCAUCAAACAUGGAGACAAGGUGAACUGGUUGUGUCCCGCCGUGCUGAAAGGAGAGCAGWGUGUGAUCGUCGCAGAUCAGAGCGCUUGUCUCACCGUCUACCCUCUGACUCAAACAUAGAUUUAAAUACAUGUACACUAUCAUUUUUCUUUCAAACACUCCAGUGUUUGUUGUGGUUUGAGAUUCAUCACUGGAAGACUUGGCCUGAUUAAAAUCCUACUGGUUUUACAGAAAGACAAGCUUCUCAUAAAUGUGAUUCAUCUGAGACUUUACACAUUGUUUAACAACAACAACAAAAAAAAAACUAUUUAGCAUGUGUGGUUUUUUUAAAAUGCCAUCCUUUGAAAUCAUUUUAGAUUAAUUACAUUUGUCUAAACUGUU